AUGGGACGGCGCACAUCAAUUGAAAAGCGUGAGUUAGUGUUGGAGUACUUUAAAAAGGGAAUUCCCCAGCGUAAAAUUGGUGAAAUGGUAAAUAUAAGCUCUUCAACAGUUCAACACAUAAUUGAACGCUUCGUACAUGAAAAUCGCAUAGAAAAUAAGGGACGAAAGGCUCCCAAUAAAAUUUUUACAGAAAAAGAAUCGAGGUAUUUGGUAAACCAAAUUCGAAAAUAUCCAACUAUUAGCGCUCCAAAGUUGACAGACAUGGCCAAAAUAGAUUUUGGAAAAAUUUGUCAUCCUGAAAACGUCCGCAGAAUAUUGAGAGAAUCAAAUUUCAAUGGAAGAAUAGCUGUAAAGAAACCUUUC